UAAAAUUUGGGGAGAUGAUGACGGUGUUUCUGGAUGUCAAAUGGAGCAGAGGGGCAUUUAUGGGAAUGCAAAUGGAAUAAGAAAGAAAACGGUUUCUGUUGGUAUUGAUAAUAGCAAUUCAAUUCAAUUUUGCAGCAAAUAAAAUGAUUUUAAAAUCGAUUUCUUUUAGGAGGUUUGACUGCUGCUGUUUGUUUUGCUCUCUCUCUCUCUCUCUCCACAAUCCUUUCCUUCAGGCUUCAAGCUCCCCACUUUUGCUUCUUUAUUUUCUUUUUCGCAAUCACCCCAUGCUUUCAUUUGACUUCUUAGGGUUUCGCUUUUUAGUGUCUCUCCUCCCUUCUUUCUAUCUCGGCAUUCACUUUAUUCGAUCUAACGAAAGCAAAUCACAUCUUUCCAUUUUCUCGUUCGGAUCUCUAAUCUACAGUUGCUAGAGAGCUGCUGAUCUUUGGUCUUCACUGGUUCUGUUCUCAGGAACAAAUCUCUGAAAGGUUUAGGGCCUAAAAUGGGAUGUUUCACGGUAUUAAAAAGUAAGAAGAAGAAGUCUGAGCAGUCCAACUACAUCAAACAGAUGAAGCCUCGGGAGAAUACACCCACCAUGCUCCCUGAACCACAAACAAAUGGUCGCUCACUGCAGUCUGCCCCUCCAAGCUUCAGAACAAGAGCCAAACCUGCCCAACCAGUUACUUACCUCACUAAUAGUAGAAUCCGUGCUUUAUCCGCUCCUUCAAGCUUAAAUGUGGCAGAAAGAGAUGCACUCUCAUCAAUUGAAUAUGAUGAACAUGAAGAAUUGAAGACCCGAGCAGGGUUCACAAGGGAACAUCAUGCUCCAAGCCCACAACCACUUCCUCUGCCAUCACCUCAAAGCACUGCUGUUUUGAAAAAUAUGGGAAGCUUCAAGGCAGCGAAUGCUGGCAGUUCUAUCUCUGCUUCUGGCCCCUUGCCUCUGCCUCCUUUGGGAGGACUCCGAAACUUUUCAUAUGAAGAGAUUGCGGCUGCUUGCCAACAAUUUUCUCCUGAACGUUGCAUGUCAGGAAGUCUUUCUUCUGUAAUUUAUAAAGCUUCUUUUGGAGAAGAUUCAUCAGGUUCCAAGAGGGUUGAAGCCACAGUAACUCGCCUUCUUCCAUCCAAUCAGGGGUUCAAAGAAUUUAUCAAUGAGGUUAAUACACUUGCAUCAUUGCAACAUCCACAGCUCUGUAAAUUGCUUGGUUACCAUGCACGUGAGGGUUCAGAACAGCGGAUGUUGGUCUAUGAAAGGCUAUACCAUGGAAGCUUAGACAAGCUGCUUUAUGGCAGGUCUGAUGGGCCCCCAAUUGACUGGUAUACAAGGAUGAAAGUGGCUCUUUGUUCAGCACAAGGUCUUGCUUUUCUGCAUGAAGAAGGGCCUUUUCAGGCAAUGUACAAUGAAUUCUCAACUGCCAAUAUACAGAUCGACAAAGAUUUCAGUGCAAAGCUCUCAGGUUAUGGUUGUGUCAGCCAUAAUCCAGAGGCAGAGAUAUCCAAUUCUUCAACGGCACUGGCAAAUCUUUCAGUAGAGACGUUGGAGAGAGGAUUACUCACUCCAAAAAGCAAUGUUUGGAGCUUUGGAAUUGUUCUUCUUGAAUUACUCACAGGGCGGAGGAAUCUUGACAGCCGCCACCCCAAGGAAGAAAUGAACUUAGUUAAGUGGAGCAGACCUUUCCUGGCUGAUGAUUGCCGAUUAUCCUUGAUCAUGGACCCACGGCUAAAAGGCCGCUUUCCAGCUAAAGCAGCUCGAACUGUGGCUGACAUUGCAUUAAGAUGUCUCCAGAAGGAUCCAUCUGAAAGACCCACAAUGAGAACUAUAGUUGAGUCUCUGAAAAACAUCCAAGACAUGAAGUAUGCUUGUCGGUUUCCACUCCAGGAGCCUGCUACUAUAUCUGGAAAACAGAUGUUAAGGUCACCAAGUCUCAAUGGUACCGUUACCCCAGCCCCCAGAUUAAGUUUCUCACCUUCUCCACCUUCAAGAACGGGGCUAUCUGUUUCUCCAACAAGGCCACCCUCAGUGCCCAUGUCACUCCCACCGCGGUCAUGUUCAUCUGUGAUUUCAUUGGAGGAAAAUGGGGUACAGGAAAGUCGGAAAUCAGCCUCCUCAACAAUUCGAAGGGCUGGAGUUGAAGGGUUUUGAUUGUUAAUAGUAUAUAUAUUUUUCUUCUUUCUUUUUUUCAUUUUUAACCGUUGUAUUGUGAUUUAACAUGGUAUAUAGAAAGAUAAAGAUGUGGUUUUUCCACCUUUCUAUUGCUUGAGAAAGAUGAAAAGAGAGAAUGCUAUUUGUAGAUAAAGAAGAGUGCAACUGCAAGCCUGUUUUAUAUGGAUUCAA